GUGGGUCCCCCCAUGACUACUUCACUUCUCAUUCUCUCUUUUCUAUUGCUACGUAACGCUUCCAUGUCUUGGAAGCAUAAGCUCGAACUAACUCAACAACAUGUGUAGAUGGAGGAACCAUUUGUGGGUACCCAUUGUGGUUUUGAGCUUGAUUCUUGGGAUGAUACAGUGCCAAGACAUGAAUGACUAUGAUAACCAACUUGAUAACCCUUUUGUUCUUCCCCUCAUUACUCAGCUUGUCUAUGGUCGAAUCUCCAAUUUGACAUCACUUAUCAGUCAACAAAUAAGCACAGAAUCCACUUUCUGUGUCAAAGACCCGGAUGCUGAUUGGAAUCAAGCAUUUAAUUUUUCAUCUGAUUUGGGCUUCUUGGCAUCUUGCAUCAAGAAGACUAAUGGAGAUAUUGCAAAACGGUUGUGUACAGCAGCAGAAGUGAAGUUUUACUUAAACAGUUUAUUGGAGGGAUCUAUAAGUGCCAAUUACUUAAAGCCUAACAAGAAUUGCAAUUUAACCUCAUGGCUCUCUGGUUGUGAGCCAGGAUGGGCUUGUAGUGUUCACUCAAGCCAGAAGAUUGACCUUAAAGAUUCAGAGGAGAUACCUGCAAGAACUUCAAACUGUCAAGCAUGUUGUGAAGGCUUCUUUUGUCCUCAUGGUAUCACGUGCAUGAUACCAUGCCCUCUAGGUUCCUAUUGUCCUCUUGCUACACUCAAUAAAACAACUGGCGUUUGUGAACCAUAUAUUUAUCAACUGCCUCCAAUGCAACCAAACCAUACAUGUGGUGGAGCAAAUGUUUGGGCUGACGUUAGUAGCAGUAGUGAGAUAUUUUGCUCAGCUGGAUCAUAUUGUCCUACAACCACCAAAAGAAUUCCUUGCAGUAGUGGACAUUACUGCAGGGUGGGUUCCACAUCUGAGAAAAGAUGCUUCAAGUUGAGUUCAUGUAAUUCCAACACAGAAACCCAAAAUAUGCAUGCAUAUGGAAUUAUGCUCAUUGCUGCUUUGAGUACAUUGUUACUCAUUAUUUACAACUGUUCUGACCAAGUUCUCACUACUAGGGAAAGAAGAGUGGCCAAAUCUAGAGAAGCUGCAGCUAGAAGUGCAAAGAAAACUGCAAAUGCACGCCAAAGGUGGAAAUUAGCUAAAGAUGCUGCUAAAAAGGGUGCAACAGGGCUGCAAACUCAACUAUCGCGCACAUUCUCCCGUAAGAAAGAUGCAGCAUAUGUGGAAAAAGUUAAAAUUUUGAAUCAAACAACUGAAGCAGAUGUUGAAUUGUUGCCUCAUUCACUACCUAUUACUUCAAGCAUGGUUGCAAGCUCAUCUGCUAUGCCAAAAGAAAAGGGAAAAGAACCCAGUGGUCUAAUGGAGAUAAUACAUGAAAUUGAAAAUGAUCCAGAUAUUAAUGACAACCUAAAUACAGAAAUAAAAACAGGAGAUAAAAAUGUUACAGCAAAUGUGUCAAAGGGAAAACAACCACAUACUCAUAGUCAAAUUUUUAAAUAUGCAUAUGCUCAACUUGAAAAAGAAAAGGCUCAGCAACAAGAAAACAAGAAACUUUCCUUCUCAGGAGUAAUUAAAAUGGCUACAAACACUGAAAAAAGGAAACGGCCUUUAAUUGAGAUUUCUUUCAAGGAUUUGACUCUUACAUUGAAAGCUCAAAACAAACAUAUAUUGAGAUAUGUUACUGGGAAAAUUAAACCAGGCCGCAUCACUGCUGUCAUGGGUCCAUCAGGAGCUGGGAAGACAACAUUUCUUUCAGCUCUAGCAGGAAAGGCAUUUGGAUGCUUGGUCACUGGUUCAAUUCUUAUAAACGGAAGGAAUGAAUCAAUCCACUCCUUUAAGAAAAUUACUGGCUUUGUGCCACAAGAUGAUGUGGUUCAUGGAAACCUGACAGUGGAAGAAAAUCUCUGGUUCAGUGCACAGUGCAGGCUAUCUGCUGAUUUGUCAAAACCAGAAAAAGUUCUGGUUGUUGAAAGAGUUAUUGAAUUCUUGGGGCUUCAAUCUGUGAGGAAUUGCUUGGUUGGAACUGUGGAAAAGCGAGGGAUCUCUGGAGGACAAAGGAAGCGCGUAAAUGUUGGAUUGGAAAUGGUUAUGGAACCUUCACUCUUGAUCUUGGAUGAACCCACAUCUGGCUUGGACAGUGCAUCAUCUCAGCUCCUUCUAAGAGCACUGAGACGUGAAGCUCUUGAGGGAGUGAACAUUUGCAUGGUGGUUCACCAACCAAGCUAUGCUUUGUUCAAGAUGUUUGAUGACCUGAUACUUCUGGGAAAAGGUGGUCUUACUGUCUAUCAUGGAUCUUCCAAGAAAGUUGAAGAAUACUUUUCAGGACUAGGGAUCAACAUUCCGGAGCGGAUUAAUCCUCCAGAUUAUUUCAUUGACAUUUUGGAGGGCAUAGCAGCACCUGGUGGAAGCUCAGGACUCAGUUAUAAAGACCUGCCAGUUAGAUGGAUGCUUCAUAAUGGAUAUCCAAUACCUCUUGAUAUGAGACAGAAUGCAGCACAAUUUGAUAUGUCUCAAAGUGUAAAUUCAGCUGAUGAAAUAGAUUCCAUUGGAUCUGUUUAUGUGGAAAAAACCUUUGCUGGAGAAUUAUGGCAAGAUAUGAGAAAUAAUGUGGAACUGAGGGGGGAGAAGAUAAGACUUAAUUUUUUUAAAUCCAAGGAUUUAUCUAACAGGAAAACUCCUGGGAUAUUCAAGCAAUAUAAGUACUUUCUUAUACGGGUUGGGAAGCAGCGAUUACGAGAAGCUAGGAUACAAGCCAUAGAUUAUCUUAUUUUGUUACUUGCUGGAGCCUGCUUAGGAUCCCUUACCAAAGCAAGUGACCAAACAUUUGGUGCAGCUGGGUACACCUAUACGGUGAUUGCUGUAUCUCUUCUGUGCAAAAUAGCAGCCUUGAGAUCAUUUUCUCUAGAUAAAUUACACUACUGGAGGGAGAGUGAAUCUGGCAUGAGCAGCUUGGCUUAUUUUCUCUCUAAAGAUACGAUUGAUCAUUUUAAUACAAUUAUCAAGCCCGUGGUAUACCUUUCUAUGUUCUAUUUCUUCACCAAUCCAAGAUCAACUUUUGCUGAUAAUUAUGUUGUGCUGCUUUGUCUUGUAUACUGCGUCACUGGCAUAGCAUAUGCAUUGUCAAUACUUUUUGAAUCUGGUGCAGCCCAGCUGUGGUCAGUACUUCUUCCUGUUGUUUUGACUCUCAUUGCAACACAACCAAAAGAUAGUAAAAUUUUGAAGGAUAUAGCUAACUUGUGCUACUCUAAGUGGGCUUUACAAGCAUUCGUUGUUGCAAAUGCUGAAAGGUAUGAGGGAGUCUGGCUCAUAACUCGUUGUGGUUCCCUUCUGAAAAGUGGCUAUAAUCUUCAUAAUUGGAGUUUGUGCAUAUCCAUCCUCAUUCUUAUGGGUGUAAUUGGCCGGGCAAUAGCUUUUUUUUGUAUGAUCACCUUCCGAAAGAAGUGA